AUGACGGGACUCGGUGGACUAAGCACAGCAGAAAUCAACAGAGUCAUGGACCUGGAGUGGGAAGAAUCUAUCCAAGAUUGGGAAUGGCAUGCUUUGAACUAUGCGAGCCCUGUCCCUCCUUUGAUACCCUUCCCUUCUUAUUGUGUUAGCCGACGAUGUGGAUGGUGCCGUUUCGUGAUCAAGCCUGAUGAACUUGUCACAGCCAGGUCUUCUGGAGGGACUGAGUCAUCAACUUUUGCAUUCGAGGACUCUUGUGAUGACGCCAAGUUAUUCGCAACUUUCAAGCGAUGCGAAAGCGACCACGACGCAUGUGCCACAACAGGCUAUCAUGUCGAAUGCUCUACGAUUGCCUCGAAUUUGGGGCUUCAAAAGAACGAUUUCAUUGAUGCUGCUCGCUACUCUUAUGAGCCAUCGUCCAAAGAAGAUGAACGUCGACACGAGUGGAUUUUGAACCACUUGCACCAGGCGAUAAGCAAGAAGUUCACAAACCUGCCAACCGAGAUUUUGUUCAUGAUAAACAAACAUCUUGUUCUGCAUUAUACGAUUGUUUCGCUGUCUGGUCUUGGUCGACCCGGCCGAUGGACGAUUGAGCCAUUAAAAGAUGUCUGGGCAACACAUUUCAGCCUAAACGGCAUCGACUAUAUAGCCUCAUUGUCGAAUACACAAAGACUUGGCAGUCAGCUGCUUUGGAAAGCCUCCAAUAACCGCGAAGAUCACUAUCUUUAUAUCUCAGAGGACCAUUUAGGAAUCAGACAGAUCGUCAAUGACCCCCCGGCAGUGUCGGCCGAGGAGCGAAACUCUGGCUGGUGGCGCACGCUCCCGGUAGUGAGCCCGAUCCUGACCUUUUCUGACGACGGCCUCAAACUGCGGAGUGUCGCAGCUGCGCCGUUAAAUCCCACCAUCUGUUGGCCGUAUCCAAUGGCACCGAGAUCACUGAAGAACAUGGCCUACCAUGUGACGAAAAAGCCUUCUUCAAGUCUUGGUAUGGCAAUAGAAGCCCGUAUGGUAGCUUUAGACUUCAACAAACCUUGUAUCACCGCCUAUUCCGCGUGUUGGUAUGAAGACUGCCUUGUAGACAUCCAUGCACAUGGGUCUGGAGAGUCUCUUGAUUUUUACCACGAGCUUGACGAAAAUGUAAAGAACAGAUGGCAAAAUGCAAAACCUGAAAAUGCGACACCAGUAGGGAACCAUUGGAUUUAUCACCCACUAAAUUCCGGAGAGAAAAUCGAACAGGUUUGGCUACGGACAAAGAACGAACCAGAUGAAGGCAACGGCGCACACGAAAGACGGCAAAAGACAAAACCAUCUCCCCAAGGAAUUGCUUUAGCUCUGCUUACAAGUCACUCACGAACGUUGGUUAUUGGAAGACCCGGGGCAAUACAUAGCGAGUGGAAAUGUAUUGCUCAAACAUCCACAGGAUCACCGAUGCGAGUGUUUUUCAAUCCUAGCGUCGACGGCGUUUCCUUAUUCGCGGCCACGACAAUAGGUGGCAGUGGCAGCGAUUCCAUGCCGGAAAGGCUGUCGACCUGGCUAGAUGUAGAACGAGAGCCUAGCAACUCGGAGGCUUCGCUCGAAGAAGUUGAAGAAGUUGUGGUAUGUAAGGAAAAGUCCAAAAUAUCAGGGCUUCUGUUCCGAUACACGGAUGGAUCUCGGGUAUCGGACGAGGGGGAGUCGGUUCUUGAAGCGAUACGUAUCUUGAACCCUGGAAAUGAAGAGAGUUUGGAGUGGAACAAGAUGACGCUGGAGGGCAUCCUGACAUGGGACGCUCUAUCGGGAGGGGGAGGAGGCAAGGCAGCAGGUAAUUAG